AUUCUACGACUAAAAACAGAGAGGUACAAAGAAAUCUGCAUCUUCUUAACCAAUUUUAUCAACUGUGAGUGACUAACAGAGUAUUUUGUCUAGGGUGAGAAAGGAAAAGGAAAAAUUGAGAUACCAGAAAAAGAAAAGCAUUUCUUAUUCAUUUUAUAAACUCUUAUAUUCCUAUGGCAGCGAAACAAUCUCUAUCCAUAUGCUGAACUUCAACUCAACCAUAAAUACCUCACAAAUCCCUGAAUCAGAACCAACACAACCAAAACAGAGCAAUGAAGACGCUAAUUCUGAACUCCGUGCAAACCAUUCUUCUUCUUCUGCUGCUGCUCAGCACCAACACCAAAGCAGAAGAAAACCAAACACCAAGCCAUGCCAAAAUGACCUACAUAAUCCACAUGGACAAGUCCACCAUGCCCUCAACUUUCUCCGACCACCUCAACUGGUUCGACUCCUCCCUCAAAUCAGCAUCAGCCACCGCAGAGAUUUUCUACACCUACAAACACGUAGUUCACGGCUUCUCCACCAGGCUCACACCCCAAGAAGCACAAACACUCGCCAACCAACCAGGAAUCCUCUCGGUCACUCCAGAACUUCGAUACAAACUCCACACCACAAGAACACCGCAGUUCCUCGGACUCGACAAAAGCACCACGCUCUUACCCGCGUCCCAGCAACAGAGCCAGGUCAUCAUCGGAGUCCUCGACACCGGCGUCUGGCCCGAGCUGAAGAGCCUCGACGACACGGGCCUGGGCCCGGUACCCGCCACGUGGAAAGGCGAGUGCGAAGUUGGCAGCAACAUGAACUCCUCACACUGCAACAGAAAACUCGUGGGUGCCAGGUUUUUCUCCAAAGGCUACGAAGCCGCUCUUGGACCUGUUGACUUAAGUACAGAGUCAAAGUCAGCGAGAGACGACGAGGGGCAUGGGAGUCACACGCUCACCACGGCGGCAGGCUCUGUGGUUCCCGAAGCUAGCUUCUUCGGUCUGGCGUCGGGCACGGCGCGUGGAAUGGCGCCGCAAGCGCGCGUGGCGGUUUACAAAGUGUGCUGGCUCGGUGGGUGUUUUUCUUCCGACAUAGCCGCGGGGAUCGACAAGGCCAUUGAAGACGGCGUGAAUGUUUUAUCCAUGUCGAUUGGGGGAAGCUUGAUGGAGUAUUACAGAGACAUUAUCGCGAUUGGAACCUUCACUGCCACGUCACACGGAAUUUUAGUUUCCAUGUCAGCGGGGAACGGCGGGCCCAGUUCGUCAACGCUAGCCAACGUGGCGCCGUGGAUAACCACGGUGGGAGCGGGAACUUUAGACCGCGAUUUCCCUGCUUACAUAACGCUCGGAAACGGAAAAACAUACGCCGGAGCGUCGCUUUAUAGCGGUAAACCCUUGCCGGAUUCUCCGCUUCCUCUCGUUUACGCCGGCAACGCGAGUAACUCUUCUGUUGGGUAUCUUUGCUUGCAAGAUUCUCUGAAUCCUGAGAAGGUUUCAGGGAAGAUUGUGAUAUGCGAGAGAGGGGGAAAUCCCAGAGUGGAAAAGGGUUUGGUGGUGAAGCUCGCGGGAGGUGCUGGAAUGAUUUUGGCCAACAAUGAAGCUUACGGGGAAGAGUUAGUUGCUGACCCUCAUCUUCUUCCUGCUGCAUCGCUGGGCCAAAAAUCGAGUCAGAUUCUUAAGAGUUACGUCUCUUCUUCUGCAAAUCCCACCGCCAAGAUUGCUUUCGUAGGAACCCAUUUGGAGGUUCAACCUUCUCCCGUUGUGGCGGCUUUCAGCUCCAGAGGACCCAACGCUCUCACGCCCAAGAUUCUCAAACCGGAUUUAAUAGCUCCAGGGGUCAACAUUUUAGCCGGUUGGACCGGCGCGGUUGGACCGACCGGGUUGACCGCUGACGACCGCCAUGUCAGCUUCAACAUAAUUUCCGGAACCUCCAUGUCUUGCCCUCACGUCAGUGGCUUGGCCGCGAUUGUCAAAGGCGCGCACCCUCAAUGGAGCCCUGCGGCUAUUAGAUCCGCACUCAUGACCACAGCGUACACGAGUUACAAAAACGGCGCCGCAAUUGAAGAUGUUGCGACUGGACAACCUGCGACACCGUUUGAUUAUGGCGCGGGACACGUGAAUCCCGUGGCGGCCCUUGAUCCUGGUCUGGUGUAUGAUGCCAACGUGGAAGACUACUUGGGAUUCUUCUGCGCGCUAAACUACACGUCGUUUCAAAUCAAACUUGCUGCGAGGAGGGACUUUACGUGUGACCCGAAGAGGGAGUACAGAGUGGAGGAUUUCAACUACCCCUCCUUUGCGGUUGCUUUGGAGACAGCUUCGGGUAUUGGGGGUGGUUCGGAUGCUCCUAAUACUGUGAAGUACUCUAGGGUUUUGACUAACGUCGGAGCUCCGGGAACGUAUAAAGCUUCGGUGGUGCCGUUGGGGGAUUCCAAUGUGAAGAUUGUGGUGGAACCGGAGACGCUGAGUUUCUCGCAGGAGUACGAGAAGAAGAGCUAUACGGUGUCGUUUACAUACAAGUCCAUGCCCUCCGGAACCAGUAGCUUUGCGCGUUUGGAAUGGACCGAUGGAAAGCAUAGGGUUGCUAGCCCAAUUGCGUUCAGCUGGACAUGAUUUCAUAUGGGCCUGCCAAAAAUGUGUGGCCCAAGAAAAAUGCCUCGUUUAAUAUAUUUAACUCAUGGAAUAAUAAUAAUUGUAACGACAAUAAUUGUACAUAAAAAAGUAUCGCACAUCUGCAUGUAUCAUUAUGGAUUACUGGCUGUAUCAAUUAUUCCUAUCUUAUCUUCCCAA